AUGAAGAGCAGUUUUGAUCUUUAUGCAGUGCAGCUGCAGACAUAUCUCACUCGCUUGGGUUUGUGGGGCAUCAUCGAUGGCAGUGAUGUUCGCCCGCUCUUUGAUGUGAAUCGGCAAGCAGAGUUUGACGCUCGUGACAACGCGACGAGGGAAGCCAUCCAGCGUGGAGUUCGGGAAGGUGAUGCAGAGAUGAUUUGUCAUGAGAAGUCAGCAAGGGAGAUGUGGAUAAGGUUCGAGAAUAAACAGACGAAACGUGAGUUCGCCAACUACAUAUUUGCGCGUGAGCAGCUUUACUCGAACAAGUACACUCGUGAUAUGGAUAUGAGUGGCUGGUUGAGAGAGAUGCAACUACAGCGGCGAGAGCUGUCUCACUAUGGCAAGGUCAUUAGUGAUGAGGAGUUUGCUGAAAUCCUGCUCGCCAAUGUGACUCGUACGCACCGCGAAGUUGUUCGCCAGUUCUCUCGCCACUAUGCUGCACUUGCUUUGCCUGGAGCACAGCAGAUGACACCUACUGCUGCGCAAGUGAUGAACGCCUUACUUGCUGAGGAGGACCUCGACGAGAAAGUGGGCGAGGAAAUGCCUCGCAGUAUUGGUUCGGCCAAGAAGGCCGCCAAUAAUCAAGGCAAGCAGAGCUAUGGCAAUUCUGGCACUGGCAAUGCUGGAAAAGGCAAGAAGCAGCGAGGUCGGGGGAGAUACAAAGCAAAGGGCAAGGAAACCCUGGCAAAUCCGGUAGUGGUAAGAAGAAUGACGGCUGCUGGAAUUGUGGCGAGCUGGAUCACAUCCGCGCACACUGUCCAAACCCGAAGAAGACCGACGGCCCGCAGAACCAAAAGCCGUACGCUGGCAUGGAAGCCAAGCGUUUCCAAAACAAAAAGGGCGGUGAUGGUGGCGGGGCCGUGA